GAGAGAGAGAGAGAGAGUUUGUGAGCCCCAAAUUCGAGGGAAAGCUUCGCUGAAAUUUAGGGCUCCAAAGAUGGAAUUGUGUUGUGUUCUUCGUCAUCGUUUCUUCCUCUCUCGAACCAGAACCAGCGAGGUGUUUGUUUCACCGGUAUCUGCUUUUUCUAGGGUUCCCAAAUUCCUCUUCUGGGAAAAAAGGCUUUUCCCCCCCCUGAUAAUUCCACAAUUUGGGUACCCUGGAAAUCGUUUGUGCCUGGAAAUUCAGAAUCUUGACCACAAGAAACUUCAUGUUCAACUCUGCAGGUACAUUAUCCACCAGUUUCACCACAAAACGACAGGAUGGGAUUGAAGCUCUCGAAGGGCUCUGCGAGAGACAAAUCGGCUUUGGACUGUACGAGGGCUCACAUUCUGACAUACCUCACGGCAAGUGCUUACCUCCGUAGCUUGGUGUCCAGGAAACGAAGGCGAAUGGUCAUUGGGGGCUACGAUCUUGACAUGUCUUACAUCACGGACAGGUUGCUGGCCAUGUCUUUUCCCGCCGAACGUAUGAGAGCUUUUUACAGGAACCCCCUCUGGCAGGUCAAGUCCGUGCUCGAUAUGCGACAUCCCGAUCAUUACAAGAUCUAUAACCUAUGUAUAGAGGAAGCCUACGAUCCAGCCAACUUCUACGGCCGCGUUGAAAGAUUCCCCUUUGAUGACAACCAUGUUCCAUCCCUUCAUAUGAUCAAACUUUUCUGUGAAAGUGUUUAUGCUUGGCUAUCGCAAGAUUCCAGAAACAUUGCUGUUAUACACUGCAUGGCAGGAAAAGGUCGGACAGGCUUAAUGGUAUCUGCAUACCUUGUCUAUAGCGGAAUGACAGCCGAGGAAGCUCUUGAGAUGUAUGCACAGAGAAGAACCACCAACAACAAUGGAGUUUCGAUACCAAGCCAGCGUCGUUACGUGAAGUACUGGUCAGAUUCACUCCGUUUUCCCAGAGGAGUUGGAAAUAGACUUCCCGAGGUUAAAUUGCCUUUACAACACAGCAGAGAGUUGAGGAGAAUCAGGCUUUAUGAUACAGCUAACAUUGACGCGGUCUUCUUUGUGGUCUCGGAACAGCAAGAGAUUCCUAAUGAAUUGUACAGGCCACCUGUAGAAGUUGUAAGAGGUUGCUGUAGACAAGUCAAGAAAGGUUGUUGUAGAAACACAAGUCCUCGGUAUUAUGUAUCUCACUUGAGCUGUGAUUCGGAAGAAGAGGAGGAAAUAGAACGAGAACACAUCCGUCUUGUUGUCCAGAUGGAUACAGAGAGUUCAAUCAUCGACGAGAAAACCUGUCUCGACUAUUACUUUGAGAAACCUGAAAGAGUGAGUGGAGACAUAUGCAUCACAUUCUACCAGAAAAUGAUCGGGACCCGUCUCUUCUAUACCUGUUUCAACACUGCUUUCAUCACGAAUGGCUUGCUCCAGUUUUCCAUAGCGGAGCUCGAUAAAGUCGGUGGUCAAGGAAGAUCAAUAUGUGGCCCUGAUUUCAGCUUGGAGUUGCUGUUCGGCCCAGCUUAUCCCAAGUACGGAGAGGUUCUUCCCUGCGAAGAAUCUGCUCCCCAGCUCUCCGCUCCAUGGAAACCAAGCUGUUGAGACGCCAUUACGAAUUUAACGGUUAUGUUUCAAGGAUCAGCCACUAAAGGGUUCAUCUCGAGUUCACCAGCCCCGAGUCGCUCGGACAGGUAUUCCUUCAAGUACAACUGUUGCCUUUGCAAGUAGCGCUUCCAACAGUGAAGCAUCUCAACUGCAAAGACAAAUGAGCCCAGCAGAUAAAAUGCGGACAGGCGCAAACCCAACCAAUACAAUCUCGGGAUUUUUGUAGCAGGAUGGUGAUGAGACUGACUGACGUUUUUGGUAAUUAAUGAUAGACAAGUAAUGUCCUCUCAGGGAUUGUCUUUGACAUCCCUUUUUUGUCCAAAGGAUGGCAAAGGCAAGAAAAACUACUGUUUCCUGUUUUA